GGAAAAUCUUAUGAAAUAGAGUUCCAGCUUCUCUUACUUUUCCUCACAAUUGUCAGGCAAAACUAGCUAAGCACAAGAUUUUGUUUGAGCAACAGUACUAUCAAAGCUAAGGAUGAAGUUACUUGGAUGGAUGCAUAGAAAAUUUCGCCAGAAUAGCGCUGAACCGUUCAAAGACUUGAUCAUCGGAGGGAAUUCUUGCGAUGAGGAGCACAACUAUCCGAAAGCAAGCUUUGGGAAUUACAAACAUGUGAAACAACAAAGUCAUCAUCAAAAAGAGCUAAGAAAAUCAUUCGAUCAUGAUGAGUAUGAGGAAGAUUCAGCGGGAGCUAUGUAUGAGCUGUUCCAUGGGUUCCUGGCAAUUGGAACUCUUGGUUCGGAGGCAUCAACGACGCCAACAUUUGCCAUCUCUUUGGAGAACAUAACCGAAAAGGAAGAUGAAGUGACCGAGAAUGAAUUGAAGCUGAUAAACGAUGAGCUAGAGAAAGUUCUGGUACUGGGAGAGGAUAAUGAUGAGCCAUCGUCAAUAUCAUGUGGGAGAAGCAGUCAUGGAAGCAUAAUAACUCUGAGCGGAGGAGGGGGGAAGCCUGCUGCAGCUACGUUGUUGGAAGGAGAUCAAUCAAAUGGAAAUGCAGUUUGUCCACUUCAGGGGUAUCUGUUUGGAUCAGCAAUUGAACUGUCUGAAACAACAACAACAGUUACAGUGGCAAAGAAGGAGCACAGGACUUCACUUGGGGAGCUGUUCCAGAGAACCAAAUUGGCAGAGGAAAACAACAACUUUGGCCCAAAGGAAGCAGAUAAAUCUGCCAUGCAUCUCAUGAAGAAAAAGCUCAAGAAAAAAAUGCGAAGCUCCACCUCCACAACUGUUGAUUCCGCUUCAGCAGACAGAAAACUGCAUAAGAUUCUCCAUAUGUUUCACAGGAAAGUUCACCCUGAAAAUUCAACAUCAGGUGCACAAAAGUGUGAUAAAUACCAAAAGAAGAAAACAAUGAAUGAGGGAUCAGAGGAAGAUAUAUUAAUGAUACAGCCCAAAAGAGCAGAACUGUCAAAGGAAAAUUACACGCGACAGUAUAAGAUCCAACCGAAUCCAUUCCAGUUUACACUUGGCUGUGAAGAAGAUUCUUCUGAGAAUAAGGAACACUGGAUCAAAACAGAUGCCGAUUACUUAGUCUUGGAGCUCUAAAGACAAAGGAAACAAAAAUAGCUAAGCUAUCGUCCAGGGUUGCUAAGAAGUAAUGUUGUGUUUGUACGAUUUUUUUUAUUUCUCAAUGCCAGCAGCAAAUGUUAAACAUAUGAUAUGAAAAACAGUUUGGGAGAAGUAAAUAAGAGAGGUAGUCAUCUUCCAUGCCUACCUCUUAGCAGUGUAAAAUAUAUGUUCCGUAUAGUAAUCAUAGACAAUAUUUGCGGUUGAACAAAAACUGUCAAUUAUAUAUGUAUAAAUCAACUACGAAUCAUAAUGGCGUGCAAGUAGAACAGUGGAAAUUGAAAGGACUGGUAGAAGACGAUUAUGCAGAGUAAUGGAGUAUUACUUGUUAGUUUUAUGGAUCUUUGUUUUUGUUGCAAA